ACUAUUUCAUUCUAAGGGUGACACGAGAAUCUAAUGCCCCAGAGCCCAUUGACUGUUUGCUGACUACCUGGAGUGAUUGGGGACCAUGUAGUCCAUGCUCAAAUGAAAGAUACCGCUCAAGAGAUGUCCUGAAGUUUGGACAGUUCGGGGGGAAACCAUGCACUGCAGCUCUGAGUGAUAGAGAGCACUGUGAACCAGAAAGUGAUUGUCCUGAAGAGGGAAAUCAAUGUGCGCAGAGAGAGUUUGAAUGUGCAAAUGGAUAUUGUCUAAAGGAUAGGUUGGUGUGUAACACAGAAAAUGACUGUGGUGACUUCUCUGAUGAAGAUGGUUGUGAGGAGACCAAACGCCCACCCUGUGGGGACCGUGACAUUGAGGUAUCAGAACUUGGAAGAACAGCUGGCCAAGGUCUGAACGUGCUGGGAAUGAAACCGGCUCAAACUGCAUUUUACAACGAGUACUUCAAUGGCAUCUGUGAUAGGGUCCGCGAUGGGAACACAGCCACUUAUUAUCGCAAGCCAUGGAAUGUUGCUUUCCUCAGUUAUGACACAAGAGGAGACAAACGCUUUACAAGUGAAUUCUACAGUGACCAAGUAUCAACAAUGAGAGAAAUGUUCAGUGGAAAAACAGAGUCUUUUGAUAUGAGCUUUUCUGUUAAACUGAAACCUACUGAGUCUAAAGAAACAGUUGAUAUUGAGGGAGGCUUUAAUACUGCCACAACCUCCAAAGUGAGUGCCUUCUUGAAGAAAGCCAAAGGAAUGGAUCCCAUCUAUUUACAUGUAAAAUCUAAUAUACAACUGGGAAUUUUCCAAAUGCGAAAGCGCGAUUUGCGCUUGUCUGAGACAUUCCUGGGAGAUAUAAAGAUCUUGCCCAAUACCUAUGAGAAGGGAGAAUAUUUUAAAUUUGUGGAAACAUAUGGAACUCAUUAUUCACAGGGGGGAACCAUUGGAGGAAAAUAUGAACUAAUAUACGUGUUGGAUAACCAAACUCUGUCAGCACAUGGGCUCACUGCACGAGAUGUAAAUGAAUGCCUAGGUUUUAAUUUAGGUGUUACUUCCACCAUAGAUAAGGCAGACACCAAGGCAGAGAUUAAAGCUAAGCAAUGUAAAAACAAUAAGUUUAAAGAUGUUGAUGAAGUGAGAAGGAGUGGGGUUAUCCAAGAUGUGGUCUCUCUAGUUCAAGGUGGGACAACCGCUACUUUAACAAAGUUGAAUGAAGCACUUUCAUCAAAUGUCAGGGUAGUUGAUAUAGAACAAUAUGUUGAAUGGGCUGCUACACUACCUCAAGCUCCUACAGUGAUCAGUCAUCAGGUACUCCCAAUUUCUGAACUUAUACCACUGAAAAUCCAAGACUCCCGAAUAAAGAAAGAAAAUCUGGACAGAGCUAUAGAAGAUUAUGUGGCUGAAUACAGUGCAUGCAAAUGCCAGCCUUGUCUAAAUGGCGGGACAGCAAUGCUGCUGGAUGGAAAGUGUGAAUGUGUAUGCACCCCAUAUUACAAGGGAGAAGCCUGUGAAAUACCCAAGUCAGUUUUCAUACCAGCUCAAGCCAUUCAUGGGAGCUGGAGCUGCUGGUCCAGCUGGUCCACGUGUGAGCAAGGAAAACGCCAUCGAACAAGACAGUGUAAUAAUCCUGAACCUGGAUUCGGGGGCAAGUCAUGUCCUGGAGCAAACUCAGAACCAGGCUAUUGUUAAUUGUAGAAGACCACUAACAGAUAUCUGAUGGGAAAGUAAUAGAACCUGAAUGUCCCUGUCAGAUCUACGCAAGCUUCCUGUGAGCAGAUUGAAUUAAAAGCUAUUGACCCAUUGAUCUCUGGAUUUCAGAGCUCCACUUUGUACUAAACAAUAAACUUGAUGACUUGCAGAAUACA